AUGUCUCUCGCUGGAAAAGUCUUUCUCAUCACCGGCGCCUCCAAAGGCAUAGGCCGUGCAACGGUCGAGCGCGUCGCCGCUGACGGCGGCUCGGUCGUGAUCAACUACCUCUCCGACAGCAAAGCCGCCGAUGAGCUCGUGUCUCAGAUCGGCCCGGACCGAGCCCUGGCCGUUCAAGCCGACGUCUCCAAGCUACCAGACAUUGAACGUCUCGUUGCGGGAGCAGUCGAGAAAUUCGGCAAGAUCGACGUCGUGAUUCCCAACGCCGGGGUAAUGGGCAUGCACACACUCUCAAAAACAACCGAAGCCGACUUCGACCGGCACUUCAACCUGAACGUCAAGGGCCCGCUCUUCCUCGUGCAGCGCGCGGUACCGCACAUGCCGGCCAACGCCGACGCGCGCGUCAUCUUUGUCUCGACGGGGCUCAACACGUCGACCAACGUGCUGGGCGCGCACCUGCUGUACUGCGCGACCAAGGGCGCCGUCGACCAGAUGGUGCGCACCCUGUCCAAGGACCCGGAGCUGGCGGCCAAGGGCAUCACCGUCAACGCCGUCGCGCCCGGUCCGACGGCCACGGAUCUGUUUUAUCAGGGCAAGACCGAGGCGGUGCUGGAUGUCCUGAAAAGACAGAGUCCGUUUAACAGGUUCGCCACGCCCGAGGAGAUUGCUGGCGUGGUGGCGUUUCUGGCGGGUAAGGAGAGCGGGUGGAUGUCGGGCCAGGUUGUGAGGGUCAAUGGUGCGAAUAUGGUCUAG